AUUCUAAAUACAAGCCCCACCCAAUUCCAAACAACCCUGAGCUAGUCAACCAAAACAAGACAAGGAAAGAAAACAAGGAUGGCUCAAGUGGAGCAGAACUUUAAGAUAAUAUUCUUCCUAUUCAACAUACUCUUCUUUUGCAUGGGGGCUGGUAUGUUGGCAGUUGGUAUCUACAAUAUAGCCUCUCUUCUUGGGUUUGAUAUCUUUGCCCGCUCAGUCUACCUAACAGGCGGUGCCCUCUUUGUUAUGGUAGGAGCUGUUAAGAUGAUCCUGGCUCUCCUUGGUAUGAUUGGCCUUUUCUUGGAGAACAGGAUCCUACUGACUAUAUACACUCUUGCCAGUUUAUUUGUGAUUCUACCGACACUAGCAGCUGGAAUAUUUGGACUACAGCAAUGGUUUUUUGUGUAUGAUGAGGUGGGUACGACCCUAACUAACACAUAUCGUAGUGAUGCAGAAUUUGAAAGGACUCAAACUCUUCGUGAUCAAUUCAGAGUGGACUUCCAUUGCUGUGGUAUUAUGUCAGGGUCUCAAGAUUACAUUAAUAAUGGUCGUGCAGUUGAGGAUGAGUCAUGUAUGAAUGCUACUAGAUACAGGACAGUUGAGAACAUUGACAUACCACGAGGCAUUGGCUGUCAGUAUUACAUAUCUGAUGCUAUUCGUGACCACCUGUACUAUAUUGGGACAAUAGGUCUCGCCUUUGGGUUCUUUGAAAUAACAGCUGCUAUUUACGCCAUGCACAACGCUGAAGGACUCUGAUACUCUAGUUAUUAAAGCCACACCUCUUUCAUCAAUGAACUACCAGUGUGACUGUCAGUGUAUUUUUUGUAGUUUUUAGCGGAACAAUAAUUAUUAAUUUCAUCGUUUUUUUGACAAUACUUUUUAACUCUUUUUUUCUCUGUA